AUGCAGCCGGCACGUACGGUUUUCAACUCGGCCGGCACCUUCACCUGCCGCGGGUGCCUGUCGCGGCUCGCGCGCCAACAUCAGCAGCGCCGCACCUUUUCCGGCUCCGUGCCCCGCCAUGCCGCUCCGGCCCGGCCCUCCCCGGCGGGCCUCGCGCAACUCUCCUCGCGCAGGCUGAUCUCCGUCUCGGGCCCGGACGCUGCCAAGUACCUCCAGGGGGUGAUCACCGCCAACCUCUUCCCCGGCCCUGCAGGUCCCAACCCGUCACCGCUGCGGAGCGACGCGGGCUUCUACGCCGCCUUCCUGACGGCGCAGGGCCGCGUGCUCCACGACGUCUUCGUCUACCGCGACGUGCGCGACACGUCCCACCCGCCGGGCCACAGCUGGCUGCUCGAGGUCGACGCCGCCGAGGCCGACCGCCUGCAGAAGCACAUCCGGCGGUACAAGCUGCGCGCCAAGUUCGACGUGCGCCUGCUGGACGACGGCGAGGGGCAGGUUUGGCAGGCGUGGGACGACAAUCUACCCGCCUCCUCCUCCUCCUCUGCCUCUUCCUCUUUCUCUCUGCUCUGCAACCUUGGCAGCAGUGGCAGCAGUGGCAGUACUAUAAUCACCCUCCCGGACACGCGCGCCCCCAACCUGGGCUACCGCAUCUUGACCUUCUCCCCCACAACUCCAGACUCAUUACCCUUCCAUGAUGAUAUCUCCCCCGUCGAGGAAGACGCUUACACGAUCCGACGGUACCUGCACGGCAUCCCCGAGGGGCAAGCCGAGAUCCUGCGAGAGCAGGCGCUGCCGCACGAGAGCAACAUCGACCGCAUGGGGGCCAUCGACUUCCGCAAGGGCUGCUACGUCGGGCAGGAGCUGACCAUCCGCACGGAGCAUCGCGGGGUGGUGCGGAAGCGCAUCCUGCCUUGUCUGCUGUACCCCCCCGAGCAAGACAACGAAGCGGGGAUGUUGGCGUAUUCGCCCGAGAUCGGGACGGGCUUGACGGCGGAGAUGGUACCGCCCGAGGCGAGCAUCGGGCGGGUGGGGAAGAAAGGGCGGAGCGCGGGGAAGUGGUUGAGGGGCGCGGGGAAUCUGGGGCUGGCGCUGUGUCGGUUAGAAAUCAUGACGGACAUUGUGCUGCCGGGGGAGUCCGGGGGUGUGGGUUAUAAAGAAGGGGAUGAGUUUGUUGUUGGGCUGGAACAGCAACAGGAGGGCGAGGGAGGAGGAGGAGGGGAGGAGAGGAAGGUCAAGAUCAAGGCGUUUGUGCCGGAGUGGUUGAGAAACGGGUUAGUGAAUACAGAGAACCACUAA